UACUGUAGCCUACUGUACCUCCAGCAGCACUGCUCAAGGCUCGCAUUGGAAUAGUGGAUGGGAUAGAAAAAAAAGAAACCAGAGACCCAAAAAAACAAAAAAAAACCUGCUCGUCUCGGGACAGGAGUGUUACUCUUCUUGCGAGGAAAGAGAGUUGUUUGCUCCCGUCUCUUCUCUCCUCUUCGUCGAUAUUUUUUAAAAGGGGAUCCCCUCGAGUGGAGUGGCGAAACAUCGGCGACAUUCGUGUUUAUUUCCUCUAGUUGAGCUGCAUCGGUUAAGCAGUCGGACGAGGCAGACUUGAAUUUACCUAGCCAUUUGGAAAACAAGGUGCCCCGACUGGCUCCUCGCACCAUUGAAAAUUAAACGCUAUCGUGCCAGCUACACAGAGAGCUACGUUACGGCCUGGUGGAGAAGCAUGUGAUGACUCACGCAAGGCAGAAGGGUUCCCUCCAGCAGAGCCACAGUAGCGCUGAGUGGUGGGACAGCUGCCCUCUUUGGACACAUGGUGGCACUAUGGGUGGUGCCUGGCCAGAGCGCUCCCUACGAUUCGGUAGGACAAAGAAGAUAAGCGAGGUCAUCAAGCAACGGAAAGUCAUGGCCAAGAAGGUAACUGACAAGAGAGGAAAAAACGAAAAAUCAGAUCAGCACAGAAAGCUGGACCGGAGGCGCGACAAGAAACGCAACAGGAAGUUGUAUCCUUUGCGGGGGAGGACUGGAGGCUCAGAUGGAGAGGGGCUUAGCUGCCACGUCCUCCUCACCCGAUUGGAGGAAAGCAUCCGCGAACAGAAAAGUUCUGAAGAAAGGGAGAGAAAGAUAUCUCUUAAACAAAAAUCCAGAAAAGGGAAAAGCAGCAGUGAAAGAAAAGAAAAACAGUUAUCACCAAAAACUAAAUCAAAGUCGACCAGCCCAAGUCAAAGCGAGUGUACCCAUGUCCUGCAACCGCGUAAGCGGCGACUGGCCUCUUUGAAUGCUGAGGCUGUGAACAGUCUACUGCUUGAAAGAGCCAUAGACCCUCAGCCGGCAGCCAAACAGGCUAAGAGACUAGAAGAGCCCAUGAGUGGAGGAGGUUCUCUGGAUGCAGAUUCAUCCAGGAGUGGCCUCCAUGGAGGUCCGAAGGCUUCACGAGGAAACACCAGUAAAGCCUCCACGUCUCACAAACUUGAACUGUGCCAAAACUCUAAGCAGGUCAAGAAGGCCAAAGCCAACAAAGGAGAGGAGAGCAGGGGGAUGAGUCUGGAGAGCCUGCAUGCUCCCGCCCCAAGGCGCUUGGCUGGUCUCAACGCCGCAGCCCUGCUGAAGUUAACCAGCUCGUCUGCUACAAGUAAACAGAGAAUGAAGGCUGCACCCACAGCUACUGUCACAUCCGACGGCAAGGCUCCGGCUGCGGUCCCAACCCCAAAACAGCAUUCCAGAGUCAAACACAAAGGGCGAUCAGAAUACCAGAAGGGGAAAAAGGACUCUCACUUGCACAGUGGCUGCACAGCUUGCAAAAAGAAGGCGGACUUUGAGCCCAAAGUGGAGUGGGAGACAGGCAGCUGCACUCACAGACUGACCAAACCUGGCUAUCAGUCACGCAGCAUGCUAGCAUACCCGCUAAAGCAAGUGAAGGAAGAGCAGCUGGAAACCGAACUGAGCCCAUACUACUGCUGUCCCCCAGAGGGCUCAGUGGAAUACUGUCACCGCUUGGCCUUCUUCCUAGGCCAGCAACCUUACGGAGAGUCCGACGAUCAGCCACUUAACUCAGCCAUGACCCCUGUGAAGCGCGAGUGCCUCGUAACCUCACCGUCCCUGACGCAUUCCCACCCACAUACAGCCUUGACCCUCAGCCCCCACCCUUGCCUCUGCACCGCCGACCACUGCUUCUCCAGCUACUACGUUCACAUCGCCCAUCCGACACACACUGGAACAACGUCAGCAAGCCUGGCCCCGCGACCUCUGAGCUUUGCCCCCUCCAGUUUGUGCCCUAAUCAGAUGACAGGCUCCAAGCUGCUGGGUCCGCGGAUGUCCCACUCUCCUGGGCUGCCCCAUCCUGCCUACUGCAACUCGGUGACUUCGCCCUGUUACGGUGAAGCAUGCGGGAUCAGCGGCUACACCUACAGAGCCAUGCCUCCCGUCACCAGCAGGGCUUGCUCUUUCAGCACAGGAUGCACUGGAUGCACGCACAGCAUUAAAACAGAGGGUUACACCUCCACUCAGGGUGACCACAGCUCCUCCCUUCUGGUUCCCCCCUCCAUGCCCAUCUCCAGCUGCCCUUUAUCCAGCGUUCCCACUUCCACCCAGGCUAAACCCCACCUGCUGACCCCGCUGUCGGGGCGAGACCAGCCCCAGGCCAGAUUAAAGCUGGCCAGAGAAUGCCCGCAGAGCACCAAACCCUCCAACGGCUCCCUGUCCAUGGGCCGCACACGGCUGCCCCAGAAACAGCCGUCGCCCGUGCCAAGCUUCAGCAGCGCCAAACAAAAGAGAGUCAGCCGCAGACGUGCCACCAAUGGCUGGCGGCCUGUCGGGAUGCCCACAGAGAAGGAGGUUUUUAUUGCGGGAGAGGAUGAGACCGCCCUGCGGCAGUGUUAUGAAGGAGUCGAGAGGGACGGUGAAGUGAUACAUGUCAGAGACACUGUGCUGCUACGAUCAGGCCCCAGGAAGAAAUCUCUCCCAUAUGUUGCCAAGAUAUCAUCACUGUGGGAGGACCCCAAAACAGGAGAGCUGAUGAUGAGUCUUUUCUGGUACUACCGACCCGAGCACACCCAGGGAGGCCGAGAUCCCAGCGCACACUGUGAGAAUGAGAUUUUCGCCUCUCGGCAUCAAGAUGAAAAUAGUGUGGCCUGCAUAGAAGACAGAUGCUACGUUCUCCCAUUAGCCCAGUACUGUAGAUUUUGUGCCUUGGUGAAGCGGCGAGCCGAGGGCGCCCCACCUGCCAGCAUGGUGCCCUGCUGCCCCGACUUCGCACCCCCUUCCCACCGCUGUGUGCCCACAGAUGUCGACCCCGAGCUGGUGUAUCUCUGCCGGCACGUCUACGACUUCCGCUACGGACGCAUCCUGAAGAAUCUGCAGUAGAAGGAGAGGUGGCGUCAAACCCAUGAAUUAAUCAUCACCUAGCUCCCCCCCCCCCCCCCCGCUACACAGAGAGGGGGUUGAAGGACUGAACACCCCUGUGUUUUCUGUUGGGCACCUCACUAUACGAGGGAAGGGGGAGGUUGAGGUGGGACUGGUUUUGUCAAGGGACAGAUGAAGCAAAAAUUGUUUGUGACACCUUAUGAAGCACAGAUCCCUUUAGAGGACUAACGUGGAGUUACAACGCGAUGAAUUGAUCCAUCUCAGUCAGAGCACCAACAUUUCCUGGUUGGGAAGAGCGAGGAAGGGAGAAUUCAUUUAUCAGCUUGGAUUUUUCAACUUCCACCACACUCAAAGGUUACAUGGACCAUUACCAAGCUUGUGUAUGCCCCCCCCCCCCCCCCCCUCCCCCCCUCCAGGCCCCUUUUCCCCUACUGGCCCCCUUUCCCCUCCCUCCACACACCUUUGCCUGCCAGGAAUGAUGAGUACCAGGCUGGACUGGGCUGUUGUCAGUACCGCGUUUCCCCUAAAGCAUCUUAGCAUAACAAUCAUGUUUGUUCCAUUUGUAAGCCAGUGGCUCAGGGAUGGUCCGGCGCUAAGGUGCUUCCGGAGGAACACAAGCCUGCGCUGUCAGCUCAAUGUUAACGCUGUUCAACCAUCCAGGGUGAAGGAGCAGCUAAUGGAGAGAGUCGUCUUAUUUCUCCUGAUUUGAGUUUGUCUCAGUUGAAAGAGCGAGUGUGAUAGUGAGUGUUGUCAGUGUGGAUAAAUGGAUAAAUGUGGGUAUGUGUGAUGGUUUUUUUAGGCGGCUUUCAGGCAAUCAAACCAAACAAGCAGCUUUAGAGGAAGCGGAGCUCUCUCCCUGUCCUUUCUCCUGCGUGCCACAGCACACUGACACUGACAGAAACAUUUUCAUCUCGAACGAUGCUCUGCGCAGUCUAAAAUACUGUACAUGAAGGGGGUUUGUCAGACAGAUCUUUCCUUACCAAAGUCGACUCUAGAGCAGGGCUUCUUUAACUUGGGAUCAGGACCUUUAAAAAGGCUUUAAACUGGUUUUAUUCAUGACAAAAGCCCCAGCAGACACAGUCCUGGCUUGAGGAAGCUUUGUUCUAGAGAGGCUCUUCUAAGGGUCCAAUAGGGAGAGCCCUUACUGUGGAGCCCUGUGAAGGUUUAUGAAGAGGAGGGCCAUCGUUCAUGGUUAUUUUUUGUUUUGUUUUCUCUUAUAUUUCGCCACCUUUGAUGUUCCCUGUGACUUGCCUUAUGACCUGCAGGUAGAGAUUUAGGCAGCUAGUCUCACCAUGUACAACUAGAAAGUGGUAGAACAGGUGUACUGUAGUCCCAAGAAAUAGGGUUUUGUCGACUGACUGACGGCUGUGACACAAUCACUGGAGAUGCACAUUGAAAACGCACUGGUUUAGGGCUGUAACUAAUAGUUAUUGACACUAUACAUUUUCUCAGUAAAUGAGUUGAUUAUAUUGACUUUAAAUUAAAAAAUGCCCUUUUUUUAUUAACCAUUCCCAAGGUGACAUCCUCAAAUAUCUUGUUAGGUCUUAUAACAAUCCCACAGAUAUUCAGUUUAAGAUCAUGUAUAAGGAAAAAAAAGAAUGAAAUCUUUACAUUUGAGGGCAUUUUUGUAUAGAAACUGACCAAAACAAUUAGGCCAAUUCAUUUUCUGUCCGUUGACUUGCGUUGCAGCUCUACACAGUCGCACCAAAUGAUUUUAUCCCCCAUUGCCUCUGUGAACAGUGCACUUUUCACAUCGUUGAGCUGCUGCGCUCUAGCUGCUCCCCUCACCGCUCCCCUCGUGUCCCAAAGCACCAACAACAUCUCAGAAAUGUCUGUUCUACUUGCUCUAACUCUAUACCCACACACCGAUUUCUGUUCCUCCUCCUCUUUUGAAGCUUCCCCUCCCCCGUCAGAUAAACCAAAGGAUGUCACACAAGCCAGAGUCCCUGUCUCCUCCCUCGCACUUCUUCUCCUUGUCAGCACUCCAGCCCUCGUUCCCUUGUUAUAUUGCACUAAUCCAUUCCUUAAUUACAACAAACGUGUUCAACUUUUUUUUACAUUUUUUUUUUAAUGUUCCAGCUACUAAUAUCUUACCGGGGGGAACAUACUGUGUAUCAUUUAUGUGUGUGUAUGUGUGUGUGUGUGUGUAUGUGUGUGUGUGUUUUGUAGAGAAGGAAACAGUAAGGAUGUCAUGGCUGCUUUUGUCAGUGCAAACUGUAUAUUUCUUCGCCAGUAGAGGAGUUGGCCAGAAUGUGUUCGUCAUGUUACCUGAUGCACAACCUGUUGAAUCCCAUGGAAUAUAUACAGUAUAUAUAUAUAUAUAUAUAUAUAUAUAUAUAUAUAUAUACAUUACUAGAGUCAUUCCAUUUGAAUCUUUCAAUCAGCUCUUACAUACUUAUAUAAAUAUACAGUAUAUAUAUGUAUGUAUCCACAAUGUUAAUGUGAUUAGAUUUCAAAAGGCAUCUGGAUGGAGGCCUUGACUUGUUGUGCGGACAAACAUAGCACCAUGUUAGAUGUGUGUUUGGAUUUGAGGGGUAGUGUGGGUGGGAAUGCGGGAGGGGGGCGGAGGGGGGGUUGGUGGUUGGGUCGAUACUUAAUUGAGAUGUGGUGGAUGUCAGACCACGCUCAUUCAUUGCCUUUUAACCUGCAAGUGUUUUACUGUCACUCAGAAAACGAGUAGUGUCGGAGUGUGUGUACCUUUAAAAACAGAAAGAGUACCCGAUUGCUUUCCUACGCAGCAAACGCCCCCGUACUUCAACAUUGGAUAAGCCGUAAAAAGUUUCCAAUACUCUAAAGCCAUCUUAAACCUUUUCUCUAUUUGAGCAGCAUGAAUCCCAAAACCCAAGCAAAAUCAAAUCUUUUUUUAAAAAUUAUUAUUUCUAUUUAAGUCCAGAUUCUUCAAAGAGGUAAUAUAUAUUCUCCUACUUUACAAUUUCUCCUUAUUAAGAAUAUUUUAUUAUGUCAAUUUCCUAAGAUGGCAUAUGCAAUAUAUUUUUAGAAUUACUAUUUUUGGAAAGUGAACUUAACAAAUUAAGAAAAGAAUAUGCAUUACGUUUAUUUUAUUUCAAAUUAGUUUCAAAUCAUCGCAGCGUUAAUUGAGAUUUGACCAAAUGAAAGAAAGAGGAGAAUGAAGGGACUUUAAGGUUGCAGAUAAACUCCCUUCCAGGCGAUUUCUAAUGAAGUGUACAUAUCUGAACCCUAAUCCAGGAAGCACCGGGCACUCUUUUAAACAAGCGGACAGCCAAUGCACAGUGUAGUAUUUUUGCAAGAUCUGUAAUAAUUAUAUUUAAAGUAAGAAAAAAAUAUUUAAAUGGAGUAAACAGUACAAUAUAUUAAGAUUUCAAUUUAACUUAUUUGGAAAUACUGUGUCUAAUUGAUUAACUAUAUCCUGUUUCUUUGUGCUCCAGGAUAGAAAUGGUUUCUGUUUAUUUGUAAAUUAUGACUUUAGAGAUUAAAUGAUUGCGGUUGUGGACAGAGAUGUAAAUGUCGUUUGGUUUAUAUCAUUUCGUUGCCAGGGGUGGAGAUGAGACCAAAGCACACCCUGGCAGGAAGGAGAGCUGAAGUGGCGCCAAACACAGUCGAACGUGUUCAGACUCCCGUUUCUGAGCCCAGACCUGUGUUAGGAGAUAACUUCAAGCUCUCCUGCUAACCUGACUGACCUUAAGUGUGACAUUUGGGAGAUUUACCGUAGCAACAUGGUCACCUGAGCCUGUAUUGAUUUGUCCUAUUAAGGGAGAGACGGUGAACACCUGAGACAGGGCAGGACAGGAUGGGAGAGGACGUCCUCUGGACUGCAGGGAGGAGAUUCCCUCAAGCGCUGAUUUAAGACCAGUUUCCCUUUCUCUAAAUUUAGCCCACCAUCAUAGACGGUUUCAGGAAUUACUCAACUAAUUAAAACCACAAGGUCUCCAGUAGGCUGAAAGGAUUUUAAUACAAUACAUGAGUUAAUUAAAUUAAAGCUUUUCUGAAUGCUCUCUCCCACCAUCCAAGUCAGUUUGGCCACUGUUGCCUUUCUCCCAGAUGUACAUUGAUGGUGUUUGGCCCCUAGAGGGCAGGAUUUUCUAUGUGCGCAGAGCAGUCUCAUGGCCACGUCCCAGGCUGCUCUCCUCCUCUGCUUUCCUUGUCUCCUUAUCUUAAGGCAACUAAAAGAUGCAGGAACUCUUUUAGAAAAGCAGAUGAAGAAAUCUCAGCAGGGACGUCCCCAUGAGUCGUCCUCCCGAGUGCUGGCCAGCCUUGAAAAACGCAUGGACUAGAUUGUAUGUUAUUAUUUACUUUCAUUUCCUAGCAGCUUUGCAUGGACACAGUUGCAAUCCUUUGUACACCAUGACGCUCGAGCAGGGCUGGCACUCAGGAGCACACAUUGUCUGUGUAUGUGGGGCCGCCCACAGAGGCCAAACACUGAGUGAACUUUCACUGAUGCCACACAGCCAUGAGUCAAAACAAAAGCACCCGACCAACCCAUGAGAUCUUGCUUUCUGUGGUCUGUAUUGAUGCUUAUUGUCGACAUAUAUUUUGAUAUAUUUGGAAAAAACAGGGGAUAUAAAAAGUCUAGAUAUUUUUGGAGUAGAGAAGCAAUGUGUGUAUCAGAUUAUUGUCACUUUGUCAUGCUCUCUGAAAAUCUCUCUGAUUUUUUUGGAAGAAUUAUAUAACAUCCCUACUGAUUUAAUGUUCCAUUGAAAGAAUAUUUAUAAAUUUUAAGUCCUUU